UCUCUGCUCGGCUACCAAGGACGAUAGCAAACACAACUUCUGCCCAUUAAUGAUGGAUAACAACCCAGAGGAAUGUUCACUGUGUUUUAACAAUUAUGAAGACAAUCUGCUACGGCCUCGCACACUGCCUUGCGGACACACAUUCUGCUCCCAGUGUAUUGACAAUGCUAUCAAGAAUGGGCAGCUGACCUGCCCCAGGUGCCAUGCCCAACAUGCUGCCACAGCUGCUACUCAGUUCUCAAUUAAUUAUGGUAUGGAGGCCCUUAUCAGAAAACUAAAAGGUAUCGAGGAUGUACCAGGAAAAUCCAUUAAAGCUCCUGCAAGAGGCAUCAGUAAGACGUUACGUUCCCUGGUGCAGGAGCAGAAGAGCAUCAUCAGCAUCCUCAUUACUAGCUGUGAAGAGGUACUGUCCCAGCUGGGGUGGUACCGGGGGCAGCUGGGGGACUGGAAGACUCACCACCUCCAGCUCCAGGACAGACUCUAUGCUCUGGUAGAGCAGAACAAGUCAGCAAUGAAGCUCUUGGAACUGGAGGAUACCAGUGUGGUGGAUAUAACAACACAAGGAGAGGAAGGGAAGACUCAGCUGCAGGUCAUGGUGGGGAGCCUCGACACAGUCAACACAGCACAGGAAGUUGACACAACCAUAGACACAGCUCAUGAGUGCAAGAUGAAGGUAGAAGAUUGGCUCCAGAAGUGCCAGGAACUCUUCCCAGAUGUCAAGACUGUCCACACCUCAGUGAAGGUGCAGGAGACCAUCAGGGAGGCCCUGGAGAUGAUGACCACAGAGACAGGUACCACAGCUGACCCCGUACACCUGGGAGACUCAGCCUCCAGCAUCAUGAAAAAAGUUCGGGAAAUCACUGGAGAGAUCACUCAGAAGAAAUUAACAGUAAGUUUUUUAUUUCUCUCCUAGGUCAUAUUACAAGAUAUUGAGUUGCGUUUUGAGGAAAGGAAGCCUGUUCUUAGGUUUAUUGGAGUUCCCCAAGGUCAGCUAUUGACUUUCCUUAACAUACAAUCUAAAAUAGUUGUCUAACUCCUGGAUAAAUAUAUUCUGGUAGGUGAACAGGGACAUCAGGUGAAAGGAAACAUGGGAUCCAUUUCUGGCCUGCAUGGUGAUUGAACCUGUGAUCCUCUAUUGAACCCGGGAU